AACAGCGAGCAUCUAGAUUCUAGAUUGAGGUUCCAGAUGCAUGGUUCUGAUGGGUUGCAAUUGUGAUUUCACUUCAUCCAACACACAGACAUCACUCACUUCCUUUCUUCUUAUGAGGAAAAAGAAAAACUGAAGCUAAGGAAAACAACCGAGUGUUGACAAUGGCACUGUCGUGUCUCACUCUCACUGCCAACCCUUCUUCCGUUAUCUGCAAAUGCAAAGUGUCCCUCCCCACCGCCCCCCACGCGCUCGACGCCACCUACAUCCGACGCGCUGCCCACCUCGCCGACAAAUCCGCCGGCUUCACCUCCCCCCACCCCAACUUCGGCUGCGUCAUCGUUUCCCCCUCCGGCAAAGUCUCCGGCGAGGGCUACCUCUACGCCCAGGGCACCACUGCCGCCGAGGUCCAGGCCGUCGCCUCCGCCGCCGAACUCUGCCGCGGGGCCACCGCCUACCUCAACCUGGAGCCCAGCGACUGCCAUGGCGACCACAGCGCCGUGUCUGCUCUGCUCCAGGGAGGGGUCAAAAGGGUUGUGAUUGGAAUGAGGCAUCCCCUGCAACAUCUCCGUGGCAAUGCUGUCCGUGCACUCAGAAACCAAGGACUGCAUGUUGAUCUUCUUGGAGAGGAUCUCACUAGUAAUCUCAUUGAGGAUGCACAGAAAGAGUGUCUUCUUGUCAAUGCACCUUUGAUUUGUAGAGCUUCUUUGCGUGUUCCGUUUUCUGUUCUUAAGUAUGCCAUGACCCUUGAUGGAAAAAUUGCUGCUACCACUGGCCAUGCAUCAUGGAUAAGCUGCAAGCAGUCUAGAAAUCUAGUUUUUGAGUUAAGAGGCAGAAGCGAUGCUGUUAUUGUGGGAGGAAAUACAGUUCGAAGGGACAAUCCAAGACUAACUGCCAGACAUGGAGGGGGGCAUAUGCCAAUGCGCAUUGUAAUGACCCAGACUCUUGAUCUUCCGGAGGAAGCAAACCUGUGGGAUAUGUCUGAGGUUUCUACCAUAGUUGUAACACAAAGGGGUGCAAGGAGGAGUUUCCAGAAGCUGCUUGCAUCAAAAGGAGUUGAGGUUGUGGAGUUUGACAUAUUGAAUCCCCGAGAAGUAAUGGAGUAUUUCCAUGAUUGUGGUUAUCUUUCAAUUUUAUGGGAAUGCGGAGGAACAUUGGCUGCAUCUGCUAUUUCAUCUGGAGUAAUUCACAAGGUUUAUGCUUUUGUUGCUCCUAAAAUUAUUGGUGGAAAGAAUGCACCAUCUCCUGUGGGUGAUCUUGGGAUGGUUGAGAUGUCACAGGCUUUAAAUCUAAUUGAUGUUUGCUAUGAGCAGGUUGGGCCCGACAUGCUUAUUAGUGGAUUUCUUCAGCCCUUACCAGACAUGGUACCUGUAAUCCCAUCACUCAAUGAAACUUUUGUUGUUGAUCCCACUGUCUCACCAUAUGAGUCAAGGAUCAUAUUUUUCUAUAAAACAUGGGAUCCUUACGGUGUGUUGUCAAAUUACUCUCCUCAUCCCAUUCAAAUGCCUGAUGAAAAUGGUGAUUGUGUGACUUGGAUGAGUGUUGAGCAUUACUACCAGGCUCACAAGUUUAUUCGGGUGGAUGAUCCUUUGGCACAAGAUUGUGUUGAAAGGAUUAAAUCUGCAAUAAGUCCAGAAGAAGCUGCAAGAAUAGGAAGGUCAAUGCAAGAGCAGAAACCUUAUCUGAUAAGGUCUGACUGGGACAACAUAAAGAUCGAUGUCAUGUACAGGGCACUGAAAUGCAAGUUCUCAAUCUACCCGCAAUUGAAUUCUAUGCUGCUAUCUACUGCUGGUUCUGUUCUAGUUGAGGCUUCACCACAUGAUCUGUUUUGGGGUAGAGGCCGAGACGGAGAAGGCUUAAAUUAUCUUGGAAAACUGUUGAUGAAAUUGAGAUCAGAGUUUCUUGGGGAGUCUUCAUCAUCAAGUGAGACCCCUAGUUUAACUGUAUAAUUUUUUCAAAGGGAAGAGUAACAAUAUUUUGAUGUAGAACUACCAAAACUGCUUGAUGUGCAACUUGUCCCGGGCAAAACCAUGUCACCAUCUUAUUAGUUUACUGAUCAAGCCUUCUGUUUUGCUUAAGAGGGACUUUCAUUCAAGUCUUCAACCAUGUUCCAAGUUUCUUUUAUGUGGCGUUUCCCAUUUUGAUUAUUAAUACUUAAUUGUACUUUAGGUACUCUUACUAUUGUCAUUUCUCAAUUUUUUCUCUUCA